AUGGUUGUAACACAUACACUUGGAGCCGCAUCUUCCUCGACCUCUCCCAUAAAAACUAAAAAAAAUCGCCGAAAAAUCGUCCGCAAAAAAUCGGGCACUGUCAAUCCACUCCCCUCCGAUCCAUCGAGCUCAUCGCUAUCUCAUAAAGGCGGAGAAGAUGAGGAGAUAAUCCUCGAGCCUUUGAAUCAUGCGACCGACAGACAUGCACCGACGAGGCAGACAAUAGCAGACGACGAUGACGACGAGCUUAUGAUUGAUGCAGACCCCACAUCAUCACUUGUAUCAACUGACGCACCCGUAUUCCCUCCAGUUGCUCCUGGUGUUGAAAAAACUACCCUGAGAUCUGAAACACGGCGGAUCCCUAUCCCUCCACACAGAAUGACACCUUUGAAAAAGGACUGGCUGCACAUAUUCGGGCCUUUGACGGAGAUUCUUGGUCUGCAGGUACGAAUGAAUGUGCAGAGGAGAUGUGUAGAAAUAAGAACGUCGAGACAUACGAAGGAUAUUGGUGGCCUUCAAAAGGGAGCCGAUUUUAUCAAAGCCUAUGCUUUAGGUUUCGAUGUUAAUGAUGCCAUUGCUUUACUAAGGCUUGACGACCUUUAUCUUGAUUCAUUUGAAAUCAAAGAUGUCAAGACACUACAUGGCGAUCACCUUUCAAGAGCAAUCGGUCGUAUUGCUGGACAAGACGGCAAAACAAAAUUUACCAUCGAAAACACCAGUCGUACCCGCAUAGUGCUGGCGGAUACGAAAAUCCAUAUCAUGGGUGCCUACCAAAAUAUCAAGAUCGCUCGUGAUGCUUUGGUUUCCUUGAUUCUGGGAUCUCCUCCAGGAAAAGUGUAUGCGGGUCUCAGGACGGUGAGCAGCCGCAUGAAGCAACGAGCUUUGUAA